UAGCCAGUUAUAAAUACAGAAAAGCGUCUUUAAAAACGUUCACAAAAACUGCAUCAAUCCUGAAUUUCACCACAGAAAAUAGUAAUUAUUAACAAACAUGAGGGUGGUUUAGGAGACUGUUGAUCCCUGUCGCUUAUUGGAGAGAAAACAGUGUUUUGUUAACUUUGCUGAGGCACCACUGCAGUCUAAUUAAAUGACUGAAGUCCUAGCACGUCUUUGAAACGAGAAGAAAAUAAUAUUUAUCACAGCAAAGAAAGAUGUGGUUCUCAAACCCACAAAUGCAUGUUUAAGGAGUACUUGAUCCCCUUGAGCUCAGUGCUAAUACCUUUGGUAAAAUUCAAUGUGCCAUCAAAAUUCAGAUGACGCCUCAGUGUGGGAUGAGAGUUAUUUUGUUACCCUCUGCAGAAAAAGCGUCAAAGUUUCAAACUCUGGUGGACUGCUAAGUUGUUUAGUAGAACCUUUUCUGGGUUAAGAAUGCUGUCUCGAUGAAAAGGUGAAAAAACUACAUUUGGACACAUUUAUUUCCUCAGAAUUUCUUCUGUUUCUUGUUAAAAUGUCAGAAGGAAAAUUAUAUGCUUGUACUUUUAAAUUUAUAACCUAGAUCUGACAAUGCAGACAUGAGUGGAAAUUCAUUAUGCCUUCCAGGUUUGCUGUUUGAAUUCUGCUCUCAGACUGAUCCAUCUGGCGAGUUCUAUGCUCUGGUGUAGACACCGAAUGAACCCAGAUGGUACAGUUCAGAAGUCUUCCAGGUUUUCAUAACUGGGUAUUUUAGAUGGUGAGCUCUGGGGUUAGGCAAGGAUGAGUGCUUCUGCUCAGAAAGGCGCUGCAGCAAGGCUGGGCGUCACGUGUGCCCGCUCCUUUCCCUGCGGGAAGCACAGACCUGCUCCAUGCUGUGAGCUCGGCAGCACUCACUGGAGCAUUACUGAGUUGAAGGAUUAGGAGAAACCGCCAGGAGUGAAGGAAAGCUAAACCUAAAGUGAAUUUUGGUUCGAAGUCUGACCUGAGGUCAGGAGAUGAAAAAUUGCACAAAAUGAGCGGUUCUGCAUCAAGUGAGAUGCAUCAGAGCUAGUGGUCUGGGAAGUCUUAAGAUGUAGGUUUCUGUUCUGUACAGCCUGGGUGUGUGGGAGAUGCUGGAGACACCUCGUUCAUCUGUUCCCGGUGGGGAUCCGACGACGCGCAUGCUCCCGGAGCGGGAGAUUCACUCUCGGGAGGGGGGGAGCUAUUUGAGUAGGAGGUCGUGAUCUCCCAUUACCACAAUUAUUUUAUCCUAGUGCCCUUGAAUCUCAUCACUUCGGUAGUAUUUCUUUUAGCAAUUAGCACGUCCUAGUCAGAAGGCUACUGAUUUACAUUCCUGUCGAGCGCAUCUGCAUCUGUGCUAAUUGUCCCUUUUGGAGGGCAGUGGGCCGAGCCCCAGACCAUCUCUCGCAGCACGGCUCCUGCCUGCUGAUGGUUCCCGUUUUCGGUGCAGCUCCUGCCUGCACAGUUUUAGGUUUUUCACUAUAUUUUCUGGCAUCACCGAGGGGCUCCCCACGCCAGCCCGCGGCCCCGCGGCGGCUCCGGCGCAGACCGCGGUUGCCCGGCGACCCCGUGUGUGUGUGUGUCUCCGUCUGUCUGUCUGUGUCUGUGUGUGUGUCUGUGUGACCCGAGCGGAAGCAGUCGCCGUCCCCAUCCGGGUCAGGGCGGCGGCGGGCCGGAGGAUGCCGCUGGUGGUGCUGUGCGGGCGGCCGGGCAGCGGCAAGAGCCGGCGGGCCGCGGAGCUGCAGGCGGCGCUGGGCGGCCCGGAGCGGCCGGCGCACGUCGUGGCCGAGGCGGAGGGCGGCCGGGCGGCGCUGCGGGCCGAGGUAGAGCGGCGGCUGAGCCGGCGGGACGUGGUGAUCGUGGACGCGGGCAACGAGCUGCGGAGCAUCCGCUACGAGCUGUACUGCGCGGCGCGGCAGGCGGGCACGGCGCGCUGCCUGCUGCACUGCGCCGGCGGCCCGGGCGGGCACGGCCAGCCGCCCUUCGAGGCCCCCGACCCGCGCAACCGCUGGGACCGGCCGCUCUUCACGGUGCACGGGGAGGAGCCGCUGCCGCUGGCCGACAUCCGCGCCGCCCUGUUCGAGAGCGCCCCGCCGCCGCCGCACCGCGCCACCCGCCCGCAGCCCCUCCAGUCCAGCGGCUUCCUCCACCAGCUCGACCGAGCCACCCAGGAGGUGCUGGCCGCCGUCGUGGCCGCCCAGCGGAGCGGGGCGCAGCCCGGGGAGGUGAUCCGGGUCCCCGGCGUCACCGAGGGGCUGGUGCUGAGCCGGCCGGUGAGCGUGGCCGAGCUGAGCCGCCUGCGGAGGCAGUUCAUCAGCUACACCAAGAUGCAGCCCAGCGACGAAAACUUGCCCCAGCUGGCCAGCAUGUUCCUGCAGUACCUGAGCCGCAGCAUCCAGUGAGCUGUCACCUGUGCCACGCACAGCAGUGGCCCUGGUCCGCUACCAAAGUACUCGCACCAGCAAGGACAUCCCUUCCAGCCACAGCGUGGACAUCCGGCAUCCUGCGUGUCGGACCAUGUGGCAGCAGCAGCUCUGGGAAGAUGGAUGCCGUGUCCCUGCAGCAGCUGAGCGAGCUGCAGUGCUAAGAGGGCCUGUAGCGAUGCUGUUUCCCCACCCCAACGUUCUGCCCACUUGCAUCUUUCAGAAAGGAGUAGGCUGCCGUUGCAUACCCAAGCAAGUCAAGCCUCCUAUGGAGGCAUAAUUCCCAGUAAUCAAAUGGUGUCUGAACAUGAAAGCCCAGAGGGUGGUGACUGCAGGGAAAAGGCAUGUGUAUGUCUCGAACAAGAAGAUUUUUUCCAAGGCUGUCUCCAGAUCAUGUCAAACUGCAGAAGAGACUUCAAGUCCAGAACUGGAACAGGCUGUAUUUUUGGGAUGCAACCGUUUCAGGAACUCAAACUGAAGCCAAGAGAUAGAUUUGCAAACUCUGUACUAAGAAGGGUGCUGGCUUAGCAAACUUAAGUUUCUCUGUUUCAAGUUUAAUAAUAAAGUGUGUGCCUUAAAUGGAGUAAAGUCUUAACUUACCUGCAGGACUAUUUUAUUGAGAUAAUUUGCUAUGUCUUUUCUCUACAAGUUCAUCAUUAAACACCUUUAAAACCA